AUGUCGGUGACUUUACAUACAACUGCUGGAAAUAUAAAAAUUGAAUUGUUUUGUGAAAAGUGUCCAAAGAGUAGUGAGAAUUUCCUCGCCUUAUGUGCCAGUGGACAAUACAAUGAUUGUAUUUUUCAUCGCAAUAUAAAGUCCUUUUUAGUCCAAAGCGGUGAUCCAACAAAUCGAGGUUCUGGCGGUCAAUCUAUUUGGGGAGCGCCUUUUGAGGACGAAUUUUAUGAAGAUAUUAAGUUCGACGCCCGUGGAAUUCUAGGCAUGGCAAGUAAUGGCCCAAACACAAAUCGCUCCCAAUUUUUUAUUAUUUAUGAUAAACAGCCUUCUCUGGACUUGAAAUAUACUGCUUUUGGAAAAGUUAUUGACGGUUUUGAUACUUUGGAGGAAUUGGAAAAUACUAAAGUUGAUUCUAAAUACAGGCCAGUAGUGGAACAUCGAAUUCGAAAUAUAACUAUUCAUGCAAAUCCUAUAGCUGAUGCACACGCAGCAGAAGAGAGAUGAUGAUUUGUGGGGGGUUUUUCACAAAUAUUUUUUAAUUUAUUUUUUAUUCACUUUUUUGUUUAAUUUUUUUAAAUUUAAAUUUAUUUAAAUUUAAAAUAAAAUUUUUUAAAUAUUUUUCCCAUAGCGGUUCGUACCGUCUAAUUAUUCUUAUACAUUUUUAUCCCCUGUUAGACCU